UGAGGUCAGCAAGAGGCUUUUAUCAGAGACUGCACAGCGUUCAGCAACACAAGAAGAUGCAGAGCGCAGACGGGCCGUCCCCAAACUCUCUCUCUCUCUCUCUCUCUCUCUCUCGAUGGACCGCACUGAACGUUUCUCUGGAAUGAUCACAACUGAAACGCACAACCUGGAAGCACAUGAAUGAGUCGCUGUGGACUGCAAGAGGAUCUUUCAGGCUUUGAGGAUUCAAUCCGCGGCGGAUCUUCUGCGACAGUGAAGACUUUUGCUCUCAGUAUGUGGUUCAUGAACUCCUUGAGAAAAGUAUAAUGCGCAGAUGGACGCUGCAAUGGAAACUGGCAAACUUGCAGUGCAGACUGUGGUUACAUAUUCUGCUGGUCUUCAGUCACGUAUGCGUGUGUGACGGCGAUAGGGUCACCGGUCAGACGUCUGCGACCGACUGUUCCAAGCACGAACGCCACACCAGGAACUUUGACUACAUGGAAGGAGGGGACGUCAGAAUCCGACGGCUCUACAGUCGGACGCAGUGGUUCCUCACCAUCGAUGAGUUUGGGAACAUCAACGGAACACAGGACCCCAACAACUGCUACAGUGUUCUGGAGAUCAGGACUGUCUCUGAAGGAGGUGUGUUGGCCAUUAAAGGACUGAAGAGUCAGUAUUAUAUUUCCAUGAAUCGAAUGGGAACACUGCAGGGGAAGAAAGAGUACAACGACAGCUGCGACUUUAAAGAAGUGUUUCUAGAAAACUACUACACGGCGUACGCCUCUGUGAAAUGGACUAAAAACGGAAAAGAGAUGUUCAUCUCUCUGUCACAAAAGGGCCGGCCUCUGAAGGGAAAAAAGACGAGAAAAGAAAGCGUGGCUUCUCACUUCAUUCCUAGAAAGUGCAGAGAGGACGAGCAGACGCUGGCGUAACGUGAACGUCACAUAUUUAUACAUCAUCAUCAGAGAAUAUCACACGCUUCAUAAAGAUUCUGGAGGUCACGUGAUGAGCAUCAUAGAAAUGGUUUCAGUUUCAAACUGUUUCAAAGUUAUUUUGUAUUUCAGGUGUGAGCCAACAACAAUACCAGACAAUAGAAAUGUCUGCAUUCACGGCUCAUGGCUUGAUUUUCAGCACCUCGACAUUCAUCCUGUACCGUCAGACACAUUCCACUCAUGUUCUCCUACAUUUCGCUACAAUUUCAAUCGGAGUCGACAUCACAUCCCAACUGAGCCUGAUCAAACUGUGCAGAAUUCAACAACGCCUCAUAGUCUUAUAGUAACAAUCAGGUCCAGUAAUAUUAUCUGAGAAAUGCGAGUUGCUUCAACAAGAGUUUGACCGUAUUUCAUUUUCACAUUAUCACUCCGUCCGAAUUGAUUGUGUACAUAGUUUUGUUAUUUAUGAUAUUUAUGUAAGAAGGACUGCUAAAAUAAUGACCGUAUAAACACCAGACUUCUGUAUCAUUGUGCUGUAGACACAAAACAUUUUCUUUUGCUGCUAUGAAUAAUAAAAUAUGAGGUCUUUAUAUGACAAUAAAAUAUGUAUAU